CAAGUUCACACGAACCACGUCUUCUUGACCAACGCCGUCCAAACAAGCUUUCGCGGAUAAGUGCAAGGGCCGGGUAUAUGACAAAGUGUCACUUUAGGACGCUGAAAUUCGUAUAACAACAUGGGCACGAUCUUCAGUUGAUGCAGCCUGCCCCUCAUCGGUCGCUCCUGCCUUCGCUGAAACCCCUCUCUCGUUCGACGACACCGCCUGCUUUCAAAAAACGACGCGUACCUCACCAAUCCUCGACGCGUCACUGCUCACAACACGUCACGAGCUCAAUCGUGUGCUCCACAGCGUCCGUCCUUGUUAUCAGUUCUCAGCUCCUCACGGCGGGGUAGAUAACGUCCACCUACGACCAGCAGCACCCAAGAGACAGAAAGAGAAGACAGCGCGCAGUGUACCUACACAAACAAGAUGGCUCCAGACUUGAACUCAAUUCCAGUAUCACCACGUCCCAGCAUAACAAGCAACCCCUCACACCCGCAGACCGGCACAUCAAGUUCUCGCCAGAACUCCACACCAGCCUCUCGACGAGCCUCGCAGAUCUACCCCAUGAGCCCACCACCACUCCCUCUGGCCUCACCAGGCGGCACACUCCCUCCAGCAACCCAACACCCCCACGCCUUCCCACCCCUAUCGCCCAACUUCCCCAGCGCCGACGCAGGCAACAUCCCCAUGCGGCACCCACGCCCCAUGACCGCCGCCGAAAUGCACCUCGAGCUCGAGAAAGAACAAGAAGCGGUGGUCAACAGAUUGACACGAGAACUCUCUGCUCUGCGCGCCCACUCCGCCUCCGUAGCCUCCACAACGUCUUCCAUCGCCUCGAACGCGCUCCUCGACGUCACAGACCCCGCCGGCAGCGCAGCGCACUCCGGCGCCGCGCUGCAGGGAGCCACGCACCCCACGUCCUCGCGGCGGCACAGGAGUAGCAGCAGUGUGUCAAGGAGUGGGGCAUUGCCCAUGGGCGUGCACAGUAUUCCGCAGAGUCAUAGGCAGAGUGUUAGUAGCCAGCAGGGCGGUGGGGUCGAGAUGAGGAGGAGCAGUAGUAUUGUUAGUACGCCGAGGUACGAGGAGGUGGCGCUGCAGAGGGCGGAGUUGGAGGAGGUUAAGCGGGAGAAUGAGGUGUUGAAGCAGAGGAUUCGGGAGUUGGAGAGGGCGAUUAGGGGUGGAGAGGAGGGGGAACUGCAGUCACUCCGUACUCACGCACCACUCUCGAAUCGCACAAUGGCGAUACCGGAAUCCAUAAUCGAAGCCACAGAAAAAGGCAUGGUCGGCGAGAACCUGCUAUGUUCCAGUGUGCCGUCGAUGGAGAAAGCAUCUUCCGACAAGGCAGAAGAGCCGAAGAUCUUGACCAGAGCAGAGGAAGCGUGUAAGAGUGUGAAGAGCGGGCUGGAGGAGAGGCGGACGGGUGAGGGACAUGUGAAGUUCAAAGGUGUCGAUGUGUAGAGGAAGGUUGGGAAAGAGGGUUAGGGAGGGGGUUGUGAUUCAGAGAUUUGUUCCUCGAGUGCGCCUUGCUGUCCUACGCUAUGCUAUACAACAACCGUCUUUUGUUCCUCGAUGAAGCC